UGUGAAAAAAAAUCAAGAAAUCAACAGAGUGGUGCAGCAGUCAACACAUUCUUGGAAUAUUUUUCUAAUGGUCCUUAUUUGAGCUCUUGGGGUUUAAAGCGGGCUAAAGGAGGGGGACAGUGGAAAAAGUGCUUUCCUCCCGAAUGGAUCUCUUUUUCUUCCUCCCCACCUCCCAAUAUAUAUAUCUACAGGGAGGAGCUUGAGAUCCCUCCAGCCCCGCUGAUCGCGAGAGCUUCCUCCAACCCCAGCCUCUUCCCUGAUUCCUUCCCCACCGUCAUGGGUCGGCCGAGGACCUCCUCUGCAAUGCUGGCUCUGUGGAUGAUGGUGGUUGCAGUUGCUGCAGCCUCCCCAGGAGAGGAAGACCCCGGCUCUGUGGAUCCCGGCAAACUCUUAGUCUUGACAGCAGCCACUGCCGAGACAGAAGGAUACCAGCGUUUCCUGCGGACUGCCAAAUAUUUAAACUACACUGUCAAGACUCUGGGUUUAGGUGAAGACUGGAAAGGAGGAGAUGUGGCUCGGACAGUCGGUGGAGGACAGAAGGUCCGAUGGCUGAAGGCCGAAAUGAAGAAAUACGCCAAUGAGGAGGACCUGAUUGUCAUGUUUGUGGACAGCUAUGAUGUGAUCCUGGCCGGGAGCCCCAUCGAACUUCUAUGGAAGUUCAAGCACUUCAAGAGCAAGGUGGUUUUCUCAGCGGAAAGCUUUUGCUGGCCAGAAUGGUCACUGGCUGAAAAAUAUCCACCGGUCGCUGUUGGGAAGCAAUUCCUCAAUUCAGGAGGGUUUAUCGGUUAUGCCCCCACCAUCAAUCGCAUUGUCCAGAUGUGGAAAUACAAGGAUGACGAUGAUGACCAGCUUUUCUAUACCCGUAUUUACUUGGACCCAGGCUUAAGGGAGAAACAUGGGAUCGCCCUCGAUCACAAGUCGAAAAUUUUCCAAAACUUGAAUGGGGCCAUUGAGGAGGUAGUUCUGAAAUUUGAGCCGACCCGAGUCCGAGCCCGCAAUGUGGCUUACGACACCCUUCCUGUUGUCAUCCAUGGCAAUGGGCCCACCAAGCUGCAGUUAAACUAUCUGGGUAACUACGUCCCCAAUGCCUGGACAUACGAGGGAGGCUGUGGGACGUGCGACCAAGGCCUUCUGGAUCUGUCAGACUUGCCGGAUGAAUCAUACCCCCGUGUGCUGGUGGGGGUGUUCAUAGAGCAGCCCACCCCCUUUUUCCCUCAGUUUCUCCAGCGCCUCCUGAGUUUCGAUUAUCCUUACUCACAUCUCAACCUCUUCAUCCACAAUCGCGUGGUGUAUCAUGAGCAGCAUAUCCAAGCGGAAUGGGAACAGCUCCGUGAAGCCUUUGACACCGUCAAACUAGUGGGACCAGAGGAAGACAUAAGUGAGGGCGAAGCCAGAGAUAUAGCCAUGGAUCUUUGCCGGCAGGACACCACCUGUGACUAUUACUUCAGCCUUGAUGCUGACGUGGUUGUGACGAAUCCCGAAAUCCUACAGAUCCUUAUCCAGGAGAACAAGAAAGUGAUUGCUCCCAUGAUGUCCCGGCAUGGCAAGCUUUGGUCUAACUUCUGGGGUGCUCUGAGCCCCGAUGAAUAUUACGCCCGUUCAGAGGACUAUGUGGAGUUGGUCCAGGGCAAGAGAAUCGGGAUGUGGAACGUCCCCUACAUCUCCCAGGCUUAUUUACUGCGUGGGGAGACCUUACGUCAAGAGCUGCCCCAGCGCAAUAUCUUCACUUUGGACGACACAGAUCCGGAUAUGGCUUUUUGCAAGAGCGUGAGGGAGAAGGGCAUCUUCCUUCACAUCAGUAACCGGGACGAGUUUGGGCACCUUCUUUCCACUUCCAGAUACAACACAUCCCGCCUGCAUCCUGACCUUUGGCAGAUCUCGGAGAACCCUCUGGACUGGCAGGACAAGUACAUCCAUGAGAACUACUCCCGGGUGUUGGAAGGGGAAUAUCAUGAGCAGCCCUGUCCUGAUGUUUACUGGUUCCCAGUGUUCACUGAUCAGAUGUGUGAUGAGCUUGUAGAAGAGGCUGAAAAUUUUGGUCAGUGGUCUGGAGGGAAGCACGAGGAUACCCGGCUGGCUGGUGGCUAUGAGAACGUCCCUACCGUGGACAUCCAUAUGAACCAAAUUGGUUUUGAGAAGGAGUGGCUGCAGUUCCUGAGAGACUACAUUGCUCCCGUCACGGAGAAGCUCUACCCAGGCUACUACACCAAGGCUCGGGCAAUCAUGAACUUCAUGGUCCGGUACCGUCCAGAUGAGCAGCCUUCACUCCGGCCCCACCAUGAUUCCUCCACUUUCACUAUCAACGUCGCUCUCAAUCACAAAGGAAUCGACUAUGAGGGCGGUGGCUGCCGGUUCAUCCGCUAUAACUGCCAAGUGGAAUCUCCCCGCAAAGGCUGGAGCCUGAUGCAUCCCGGGCGCCUGACCCACUACCAUGAAGGCUUGCCCACCACCAGCGGCACCCGCUACAUCAUGGUCUCCUUUGUGGAUCCCUAACCCCAGCUCUUCCGCUCCCCUUGGCCCCAUUAGGGGCUGUGGCGGUCAGCACACUGAAAGCCAGAAACUUAUGGAGAAGCAGAUUGUAGGACGGGGGACAGCAGUCUCUUCUUUUCCUUCCACUGCCAUCUGCCUUGGUGCCUUCAAAACAAUGGAUAGGGGUCGACGACUUCAUGCCAGGGUUUGGAAAGAUAUGGUCCUUGCCUAGCACUGAACUUUGGGUCACUAUAAAUCCUGGGGUGACUGCUGCUGCCUUGCAGGGUCCAUUAAUCCUCCAUCCAUAUACUAUUGGUGGCAGGGGGAAAAUCACACUGUCCUGAAGCAGAGGAAAAUCAGCUCGACGGCCUUCUCUCCAAAUGUCAACAAAGAGCGUUACCAGCAAAGCUUCCCCUGCCUCAAUAUGAACUAGCCACAGUGUACUUUAUAAUAUAACUCUAGAGUAGCAUCUACAAAAGGCAUGGGCAAACUUUGGCCCUCCGGGUGUUUUGGACUC